AUGGCGUCCUCCCUAGCCCCGCUACGAACACACGUUCCCUCAUUGUUCUACCCCGACUCGUAUACGCUCAAAUUGCUCCCUCCACACAACAAAAUGGUAAAGAAAAGGGCAGCUGGCAGUGACAAGGCACAAAGCUCGGAGCAACGGGAUAAUAGGGUAAGCUACGCUGUCAUCAAAGAGGACCAGCAAGCCCUUAGGGUGUUUCCGUUUGGUGCCUGGGGUCAUAUCGGAAGUUUCCGAAUGCGUAUCUGCCAUGGCGUCGAGGGAUGUAGGUUAGAGUGUAUCGGCGAAGGUGAUGAGUGUGAGUGGGCAGGUAUCGAUCCAAAGCUGUUUAGUUGGGAGGUUACUUCCCUGGAUAAAGCCAUGGACCAAUGGACCUUCAACUUUGCAGAUAAGGACCCAGACGUGAUCGAGGCAAGGAUGACUGCGAAAGAAAAACAAGCCAUCAUCGAUUACUUGGGUGACUGGUGUCUAUAUAAAGACUGGGACUCACUGGUAGCCUCAUUUUCACCACUGGCUUAUUUGGGUCGCUUUCAACUGCUACUCACAGCAACAGUCUUGAAGAAUAUCUUUGAAAGUGUUGUCAGAAACCCUUUCUUUUACAUUGACCUUGGGGAGGACUGGGAUGGUAGUGGAAGCGACAGGGCUGCCAACUGCAUACGGUGUAGAGCUCAAGGGACUCUUCCAAAAGGCCCUCAAAGUGUCUGCGCAUGGUGCCCAUUACUGGCGUGCAUCAACAAUCAGACUCUUCAACAGAUACCAGGCGUACAAUGAUUCUGAUACUCCUUUGACGGCGAAAGAUGUCACACCGGGGAUUCGAGCCUAUAACCGUCGGGAGAGAUGCAUUGACCACUUCACUUCCAAAAUUCUUGAUAGCUCGAGUAUCAUUUCGCCAAUGUUGUCUUCAAAAGCGUAUAGUCCGGAUGAUAUCAAAUUCCGUUAUCAGGGAAUACGGAAUUGCUACAAGACAGCCUGCGAGAUGGCGG